UGCUGUCAAGACAUUCCAGUUCUGAGACUGAACCAGAUUGCAAUCCUGCAGCUCUCCCUUAAGAACAGGUACAGUACAUACAAUAUUCCAAGGUUCCUAGUGUAUGCCGAUGCACACAGUACACUCAGCUCUCGGGGGCUACAGAGAAGAAGGUUUCCUCAGCAGCUGGAGAAUCUGGCAGCACCACCUUAAACCACUGGCUGCUGAAGUUUUAUGAAAUAGCAAAUUACAGUGGAGUUGGAAUGGCUGAUUACAAUUUUACAUAUGAAGACAUUGAAGAGCUUUGUGAGACAGAAAAUAACCACAAAGUGGAACAGAUUGUUAGACCAUAUGUGCAUUCUGCCAUUUGCAUCGCAGGUCUGCUGGGAAACAUCCUGGUAAUCAUCACAUACGCCUUUUACAAGAGGGCUAAGUCCAUGACAGAUGUAUACCUGCUCAAUGUGGCCCUCUCCGAUGUACUGUUUGCAGUGGCUCUCCCAUUGAUCAUCUACAAUGAAGAGUAUAACUGGUCCAUGGGCAGGUGGGCUUGCAAACUGCUACGUGGCAUCUACAGCGUCAACCUUUACAGCGGGAUGUUGCUGCUGGCCUGCAUCAGCGCCGACCGUUACAUUGCUAUCGUCCAGGCCCGGAGGUCUUUCAGGAUGCGCUCGAGGGUCCUGGUCUACAGCCGGGUCAUCUGCAUCGCUGUCUGGGUGCUAGCUCUCGGAUUGUCCAUCCCCACCUUCGUUUACUAUGAGACCUACCGUGAUAAGCACCUUGACUUUGACUACAAGCACAACUUCUCAGUGAUCAGUACUGACGUGGACACCUCAGGUGGCCAGAAAAUGUGCUACUUCUGGUUUGAGGAGGACGAUAUGGCACAGAUCAUGAAGGUCCUGGUCCCCAGCAUGCAAGUGGCUGUGGGCUUCUUUGUCCCCCUGCUGGUCAUGGGGUUCUGCUACUCCAGCAUUGUCGUCACGCUCCUCCGCGCCCGCAACUUCCAGAGGCACAAGGCGGUGCGCGUUGUCAUGGCCGUGGUGGUGGUUUUCAUCGCCUGUCAUCUGCCUUAUAACAUCAGCCUCCUGUACUACACAGUGGUCCUGUUUCAGCUGAGGGAGUGUGCUGAGGAGGACAAAUUGGCAAUGGUCCUGACCAUCACAGAGACCCUGGCCUACCUGCACAGCUGCCUCAACCCUGUGCUGUACGCCUUCAUCGGGGUCAAGUUCAGGAACCACUUCUGCAAGAUCCUGGAAGACCUGUGGUGCAUUGGAAAGAGGUACAUCUAUUCUAGGCGGUCUUCUCGAGUCACGUCCGAAUUCUACGUUUCCAGGAGGUCCACAGAAGGUUCCAUUAAUGAAAAUGCUUCCUCUUUUACCAUGUGACGUACGUCCUGAACAUGUAUGACCGUUGUGUAAUUGAUAAGUGUUCACACAAAUUUGAGUAUGCACUUACUUGAAGAUGCGUUAAGUUUAUUCCACUUUUUGGCCAGGAUUCAAUUUUGUAACAUUAGUCCAAAUUGCACAUGCAGUUAAAUGCAAGUUUUGCUUAUUUUAUCCACAAAUAGAUUUUGACUAAUUUAACUGGCCAUCUGUUUGUGAGGGGAAAAUCUCAUUGAGAUGAAGGAAAAAUUAACUGUACUUGAAUCAAUCUGUAUGUUGUGUGAUUUUUAUAAUCUCUUUGCUUGGUUAUCUGGUCUUCCAAUUUUCCAUUGUUAUCCCAUCAAGCAUUUCACCAGCAACAUCACAUAUCAAUGCCUUUGCAAUGGCAUAUGAGAGCUUGAACCAGGGAAACAUCUCUUGCAAGGAUAAAACUGUUUAAAAGAACAUUGUCAGAGCUAAUUAAUCGACAGAGGAAAUGUAUUCACACAUAUCCAGAUCAUAAAUAAAAACUAUAGAUAAUAACAAGUGCCUGAGAGCAUAAAUGACAUUGCCUUUCUGAAUUAAAGUGCAUUUCAUAGUAUCAUGUUUUUGCCUUUUGUAUUAUUGUGUGCAGCCUAUAAAAAUAUGUGUACAUUCCUAUGCUGUGCAUAUACAUUUGAACAGUGUGUGUUCAAAAGUUAUGCAUUCUCUGUGAACUAUUUAUGUCAGUUUGGUUGCAGAUAGAGUUAAUGAAGUGUUGUUUAUAUUAAAGCAUGAAAUUACAGUAUGUAUGUCCCAUAUUUCUCAAUGCUAUUUGCUGCUUGAAAAAUUUAUUGCAUUUCAUUGGUAUCCAUUUGUUAAAUAACAAAUCUGCAUUACCUAGCUAUGAUUAUUUAUUGUUAUAUCAAUUUUGCAGAUUCAUGCAAUAGGCUUUAUCUUUGAUAAAAAUAUAUUUUUGCUUCUUUACAGUUACAAAAAAUAUAAUUUAUGAAUUGCUAUAACAUAACCAAGCAUUCAUAAUUGGAUCCAUUCAAGGCUUAGAUGUUUCAUAUGCCAGCCAAACUGUGUAAAAAAUGUACUGAUGAUAUGCUGUAUACAAUAUUCGGAUGUAUUUGAUAAAUUAAAGAUAUCUAUGUAUAUAUGACACAGCCUUUUGAAAAUAUAACUUAAAUAUUUUGAUAUAUUUUGAUAUGCUUGUAAACAUUUGUUCUGCUUAAUAAAUGUUACUUUUAAAUGUUUAAA